AUGGGUAAACAUGCACAAUUAGUUAUGGGUCCAGCAGGUAGUGGAAAAUCUACAUAUUGCGAUACAAUGAGAAAAUAUUGCGAAGAAAUUAAGAGAUCAGUACAUGUUGUAAAUUUAGAUCCAGCAGCAGAGGUAUUUGAAUAUCCAGUUUCAAUCGAUAUCAAAAAUUUAGUUACAGUAGACGAAGUUAUGGAUGAAUUACAGUAUGGUCCAAAUGGAGGUUUAGUAUAUGCAAUGGAAUAUCUAAUAGAGAAUAUGGAUUGGUUAUCAGAAGAAUUGGGCGAUUAUGAAGAUGAUUAUUUAAUAAUAGAUUGUCCAGGUCAAAUAGAGUUAUACAGUCAUAUUCCAGUAAUGAGAUCAUUGGUAGAUCAUUUACAACAAUUGGGUUAUAGAGUAUGUGCUGUAUUUUUAGUAGAUUCUCAAUUCAUUUUAGAUAACUGUAAAUUUAUUAGUGGCGCUCUUAUGUGUCUCUCUGCAAUGGUCCGUUUAGAAAUACCUCAUAUUAAUGUUUUAACCAAAGUGGAUGUUUUAAAAAGUUCAGAUCAAUAUAGAGAAAUUGAAAAGUUUUUAGAUUUAGAAGUUCAUAAUUUAGUAGAGGAAUUAAAUUUAGAAACUCAUAAUAGGUAUCAUAAAAUGAAUAAACCAAUAGGUUCAUUGCUUGAAGAUUUUAGUUUAGUAGGUUUUUUACCAUUGGAUAUAACCGAUCAAGAAAGUUUAAAUGUUUUAUUACAACAUAUUGAUAACUCCAUUCAAUAUGGCGAGGAUUUAGAACCUCAAGAUUUAAAAUCAGAUUUUCCAGAUGAAGAUGAAGAUGGUAUCGAAGAUAUGUUGGGUUAUUAA